AGUCCCAACGUUCUCCUUGUCAGUGGAGGAAAUGUAGGAGAGGUUGUCAUCUCAGGCCACUUGUCUCUAAGACUCGUAACAAAGAUGUGGCAGGCUCCAGCCAGGAGUGUGAGCAGGGUGACAGACAGCAGAAACGACCCAGGUGUUCACAAAUUAGUUUCACUCUCUUUCUUGGCCACACACUUCACCUCAGCUUCACAAAUGAGUGGAAUUGACUGAAGCAUGGGUCCAACAAGAGAGUGUAAACCCAUCACUCCUGUUGAGAAAACAGCUCAGAACGCAAGCGUCCCUGCUGGUAGUAAUAUUUUGUUCAGAUCUGAAGGAUACAACCUUGAAUCCCUUGUGAUCAUGGCAAAGAAUAAAUAAGAAUUUAAAGAGCCCUUCUAUUCAUGGAGGUGAACACUAAGGAAGCUUUCCACAUGAACCCCAAAGGCCCCGCCCUCCAAAACCUUUGACCCAUUAUAUCUGGUAUGGGCAAUGCUGCUUAGAACACUCUAGAAGCAGUGAUCCAGGAACAUCCACUCCUAUUGACAGACCAUCCCUGCAUCCCCAUGGCAGCCAGCACCAGAGCCACCUGUGUAUAGGGGAAGGAGGGAGACCUUUAUCAGCAAGGAGCAAGGAUCAGUUGCAAACACCCAGAAGACAGUGGUGCAUGUGCCUGGCCAGACAGUCACUUCACAAAAGUCGCCUGGUGCCUUCUCUUCCAGUGAACGUCUGAAACAUUUCCGGUAGAGAGAGAAAGGAGCCAAAAUGAAGGAAAGUGUGGCAUCCAGAACUGUUUUCAUUUUGCUACUUUUUCUCACCACCAGUCUCCUGAAUGGACAAUCACCUCCUGGAAAACCUGAGAUCCUUAAAUGUCGUUCUCCUGAGAAGGAGACAUUCACCUGCUGGUGGAAGCCUGGGGAUGAUGGAGGACUUCCCACUAAUUACACGCUGACUUACCACAAGGAAGGAGAGACACUCACACAUGAAUGCCCAGACUACAUAACCAGUGGCCCCAACUCCUGUUACUUCAACAAGAAGCACACAUCCAUAUGGACAAUGUACAUCAUCACAAUAAAUGCCACAAACCAGAUGGGAAGCAGUUCCUCGGAUCCACGUUACGUCGACGUGACUUACAUAGUUGAACCAGACCCUCCUGUGAACCUAACUUUGGAAUUAAAACAACCAGAAGACAAAAAGCCUUAUCUGUGGAUGAAAUGGUACCCACCCACCCUGGUUGAUGUUAGAUCUGGUUGGCUCACACUCCAAUAUGAAAUUCGGUUAAAACCCAAGAAAGCAACUGAGUGGGAGACUCAUUUUGCUGGGCAGCAGACUCAGUUUAAGAUUCUCAGCUUAUAUCCAGGACAGAAAUACCUUGUCCAGGUUCGCUGCAAGCCAGACCAUGGAUUCUGGAGUGAGUGGAGCCCAGAGAGCUCCAUCCAGAUACCUAAUGAUGUCACCAUGAAAGAUACCAUCGUGUGGAUCUUUGUGGCCGUUCUUUCUGCUGUCAUCUGUCUGAUUAUGGUCGUAGCAGUGGCUUUGAAAGGCCAUAGCAUGGUGACCUGCAUCCUUCCACCAGUUCCUGGGCCAAAAAUAAAAGGAUUUGAUACUCAUCUGCUGGAGAAGGGUAAAUCUGAAGAACUACUGAGCGCACUGGGGUGCCAAGACUUCCCUCCCACUUCUGACUGUGAGGACUUGCUGGUGGAGUUUUUAGAAGUGGAUGACAGUGAGGACCAGCAGCUGAUGCCAGCACAUCCAAAAGAACAUCCAGGGCAAGAGAGGAAGCCCACCCCCUUGGAUCCAGACAGCGACUCUGGCCGGGGCAGCUGCGACAGCCCUUCCCUUCUGUCUAAAAAGUGUGAGGAAGCCCGGGCAGAUCCCUCCGCAUUUAACACUCCCAAGAGCGUUGAGAAGCCAGAGAACCCUCAAACAAAUGUGACCUACACUUGGGGCUCCCGGAGCACAAGUUCGGAAGGCAAAAUCCCCUACUUCGCUGCCGGCGGGUUCAAAUCUUCAACCUGGCCUUUGCCACAGCCCCCCAGCCAGCACAGCCCCAGGUCUUCUUACCACAGCAUUGCUGAUGUGUGUAAGCUGAACAUGGGCACGGCAGGUCCAUCAGCCACUCUGCUGGACAAAACAGACACACGUGCUUUAAGAUCUUCAAAAACCACUGAGACUGGAGGGGAGGAAAAGGCAGCUGAGCAGAGGGAAGUGGAAAGCUUCCAUUCCAAGACUGACCAAGACACACCAUGGCUGUUGCCCCAGGAGAAAACCCCUUUGAUCUCUGUUAGGCCCUUGGAUUACGUGGAGAUUCACAAGGUCAACAAAGAUGGAGCAUUGUCGUUGCUCCCAAAACAGAAAGAGAACAGCGGCCAGGCAGAGAAGCCCAGUACUCCCGAGGCCAGUAAGGAGUAUGCUAAGGUGUCCAGGGUGAUGGAUAACAACAUCCUGGUGUUAGUGCAGGAGCCGCGAGCUCAAAACCUGGCUUCGUUUGAAGAACCAGCCAAGGAGGCUCCGCCGUCCCAUCAACAGAAUCAAGCUGAAGAAGACCUGGCCUCCUUCACCUCGGCACCAAGUGGCUGUGGACUCCAGCGGGCUGGGUUGGAUUACCUGGAUCCCACGUGUUUUAUGCACUCCUUUCAGUGAUACCUUGAGUAACGGAAUGAUUGGUUAAAAUGUGAUUUUUUUUUUUCAGGUAACACUACAGAGUACAGGAAAUGCACUCUACUAGAGAAUGCUCGAGAAUGGGUUAGAAUGACACUAUACAGCCUGUAGUUCACUCCUCAUGCUCCAUUUUCAAUCAGCUGCCUCUUUCUCCAACAGCUGAUUCCAGAACAAAUUGUUUUGUUUCCUGUGAUUUGUAGAUUGACUUUUUUUUUUUGCUAUUAGUUAUAAAAUUCUGUGUUCAAUGAAAUAAAAGCACAUUGUUUAGCAUUCUUGAGGGGCAGUGCCAACAGGUAUAUCCUCUGGAAGGGGCUUUCAUGGUUUGGUAUGCGACAGAAGGAAAUGAAAUACCAUUGCUUACCACAGGAAGAUGAGAGAUGUGAGAAAAAGGCCAUGAAAACCGCUUUUGAAAACCAACAAACCUUUGCAAAACCUUUGCUUAACCUUUACAUUCCUCUCUUAUUUUAUUCAGAUUAGCCAAAUACAACCCACUUAAAGAAAGAAUACAUUCCAGAUUACCCGACACAUUGUUUACAUGGGUUCCUAUCACCUUAGUGAUGCAUUGCCAAUAUGCAAGCCAAAAUGAUGCCUCCAGUUUUUUUUUCUUAAAAUGGUUUUAAUUUAUUAAGCAUGGAUUUUUUCCCCCUAAAUUGUAAUUUAUUCUAAAGCCUCCAGAGAAAACCAUUUUGGAGAGUGAAAUUUUCUUACAUGAUAGGUAAAUGAGCUCCAUGUGGUAAAUUCUUAUAAAAUCUUUUCCUGUUUCAUUUCAGCAUAAGAGAUAAUUUAUUAUACACCCUAGUCUUCAGUUAGGUUAAAAAAAAAUCCCCAAAGACCAACUUUAAUUUUAAAAGAUAAUCACAGCAGGAUGGUAAUGGAAAUACUGCCUUACUGUACAUACGAAUUCUACUUUAAUAUAAGCCCGUAAGUUUCACAAUGUAUUUUUGAAGACUAUUUUUCUAUCACUUAGGUAAAAUAAAAGACUAUUUUCUAUCUUCCCAGUACAGCUGUUUACGUAUUUAGCGGGUACGGUAUCUUCUGCUAUGAGGUUAUAAUGAGUAUUUGCAGUACAUCAUAGUAUAUGCAGUCCCUGUUUGUGGAGUAAAAUGCCAUAGCAACCCAAAGCCCAUUGAGGAAUAUGAAGUGAUCUGAUUCUUUUCAUCUCUGUGACACUGUAAACAGUCGCCAGCCUGAAGUUUUAGGGCUUUCCACAGACCAGAAAUUACUUCUAUAAUUUAGGGCUACUCUGGGGCUUCUCCUCUUCCCUGGGUGAAUAUUCGUAAAACCACCACGAAAAGGUGAGUGAUGACCUCUCACAUACUGUUUCAAAGAGAACGUUUGGUUCUUAGAACAGUUGCCUUUCCUGGGCCUCAGUUUCCUCGGGAGGAAAUGUCAUCUCCAAUAUCCUUUCAAACUCUGGCUCCUUGAUUUCAUGACUCACUGAAUAUUUUCCAGCAAAGAUCAUUUUCCCAGCGCUUUGAUCUUAAGUGAGCUAAAAAUUAAUUGUCCUUCAUCAUAGAUAGGCAACUACUCGCCAGUGAUAUGCUUUUUUGAUUUCUCUUUUAAAUCAUCAGUUCCAGUCAUUCUUAACAUAUUGCCCAUGCAUGUCAUAAAUUACAUAUGUAUGGGAUCAGAGUCUAAGAUAACAUGCAAGUAUGUGUCAGGAGAAGAGGCAUGAGAUUUUCUUAAAAAACACAUAUUGAAGGAGGCUCUAAUUUUUAGAAAAAUAAUCUUUUACUGAAUCAAGCCAUGAUUACUUUUUGCUAAGUCCAACAGCCCCAAAUCUCUUUUCUUGUAUCUGGCUGCAGCUUCUGUUUUUUUCCUUCUUUUUGAUGAAUUAUAAACCAUUAUUGCACCGUUGGUUUAAAGAGCCAUACGCUCUGAAUUAUAAAAAGUCAUGUUUUUAUAAACAAACACCUGAAUAUUCAAGUUACAAAGCACAUGGAGAUGGGCUAGCCAAUGGGUGAUUUAUGGAAGCUUAUAACCCAACCUGCAAGAUGUUCUCUGGUCAGUUUUAAUGAACGGGUUUAAGGCACCUCAGUGUGAGCACAAGUUAUUAUCAGCUACGUCCCUGACAUUUAACAGAAUGUCCAUUCUCCUAAGUGCCUAAGACCAAUCCUGGUAGGCGGGUAUGUACCAAAAACUUGCUUUCGCUGGUUUGGUCCAAAGUGGGUCAAUUCCUUACCACCUAUAUGAGAUCGAGGAGUUUGACCUCUUGUCCUGUAGAGCCCAACUGAAUCGGAGAAUCCAAUGAGUUCAUGAGCUCCAGGAUGCAGUUUGGCUGUGGAGGAAAUCCAGCUCUUUCUUGAGAUUCUCCACUGUUGCAGUCACUUGCAGAAAGACUUGGCCCUGCCUUUAGUAACUUCUCUAUCUCCUUAGUGUAGACAAGAAAGAAACAGAUUUGUACAUAUUUUACAAAGUGCCUUUCUUUACUUUUAUAAAAAAAAAAAGUUUUGUUUUUUCAAGAAAAGUGUAUCGAUUAGAAAGUAAAUUUUACUUGUCUUAUGUAAAUGAAUGGAGAAACCAGAAAGGGAAUGACAAAAUGGUCUAAGGUCCAACCAGCAACUGUUCAGUGGAUUUUUUAAUUUAUUGCUUAAUUGAAUUACCAUAAAGCUGAUGUGAAUGAUAACUUAUUUUGUCUGAUAAGAAAUUGACUCUGACUAGGAUUCAGGGAUAUGCCUGCCACCCUGUGAUUCGAGACUCUUCACUUUAAAAACAUAUGCUUUUGAAUGCCUUUGAAUUGCAUACCUGGGCCGGAAAAGGACAAUGCAUGCACAGUGGAACCUUGCACACAUACAGAAACAUGUAAAUGUCUCUGGAUUACCACCCCCAGUGAUGCUAACAUAGAUUUGCCAUUGAUGAAAGCCUCAUGUGUACUUCAAUGAACAAAUUUCUUGUUCUGCCCUUUCGGCUCAAGUACAAUAGUAUUGCUGGAGUAGUGGGCUGAACACCCAAUUUGCAGGUCUAGGUCACAUGGCUGCCACUCAACAGACUAUGCGACUUUACACAAGUCCUUUAAACUCUAGCCACCAAUUUUCUGACCUGUUAAAUAAGUAGUUUGGCCUAAAAUGUUAGUAAACCCCCGCCAGCUCUAACUGUCCUUGAUUCUCAUGAUCAAGUAAGAUCCAAGGUUUCAAAGGCCCAGGUGCAAUGCAGGAAAGUAUUUGACAUGCCAUCACCCUGAUACUGCACCGGGUUAAAACGUUUAAGAGAAACAUGGACAUCUAUUGGUCUAUAUCAGAUUGAUUUGCUUUAACAUCCUGGCUUUUUUUCUUCUUAACUAUCCAUACUUAGAGGCUUUUUGUUCUUCUGCUCUAGAGCCUGUAUUUUUCCUGAGAGUUAAUUUUGUACACUAGCAACCAUAGGUUCCGCAGGAAACUAAGUUCAUAAACAAUGGCCUUGGCCCUGCAAAGGACUAAGUCACAUGUUAAAUCAGCCACACAGAUAUCACGGUGAAGGUUGAGAGUCACUAGUCACCUCAUUUAGAGAUUUGCAUGCUUAGAAAUUCCAGAUCAAUUCAUUAAUUAAUUAAUUCAAAGGCCAUUAACAAAUCCAAGCUACGUGGAUGACUCAGUUCCGGAAGUCUUAAGGAGAAAUCAACAAUACAAAAUGAUUGCCUGAGAACCUAUGUUCUAACCAGAAGUUCCAUUUAUAAUUAUGGCCUGGGGUUACUCCAUGAUUACCAGAUAUAUUACUGACCAAUCAUAUAGGAAUUCUCUCCCUAGGCUUGUGUAUUUCCAUAAGGUGAUUUGAGAUCUGAGAUCAUCAUGGUAUCCCUUUCAAUGAACAGGGGAAAAAAAAAAAAGAUGUAGAAAAUAGGACAUUUCCAGAGGUUUGGGCAUCUCAGGAUUCCACAAAAUGCCAACAGUAGCCUGCUAAACCCAAAUUGUAUUGGACAAAGUGAAUCUGUAAACUAUUCAGUGUUCUGAGCUUAUGGCUAAGAGAUGUACAUAACUCACAACACCAUAUGCCCGUCAUUGUCAUAUCCGCCUCCAUUCCUUUGAUUUAUGCUCUAAUCUCAAGUCAAAAGGCACCGAGACGUGUAAAAUAGAAAACAUAUCCUGUUUAUGUGACUGUGGUCAAUGAAUAGAGAGACCCUUAGCCAAUCGUAUUCUAUUAACUUCUAUCAACUUUUUAUCUGCUCCUGAUUAAAUAAAAUAACAACCACCAUAAAAUCUUUGGCUAGUGAAGUGGUAAUAUCAAAAAUAGCCUUUACUAGUUAUGUUUAAAUUAUGCUUCAGCUGGAUAAACCAAAAUACAGUCUGAGUUUUUCCAUGCAAAUUUCACAAAUCCUGGAGAAAAAAAAAAUCUUGUUAUUAUGUUAUCUGAAAUCAAAAAUCUGUAGGGCAAAGAUACCUCUGAAAAAUAAUUUGUUUUAUAAAAUCUCUGAUAAGGUGUUUCGAAUUUUCAAAAGUAACUACCUCCCCUUCUUGUCCUACUGUCCUUCCUCCGAAGCUGCUUAUUGUUUAGAAAUGAAAGGUAUCACGUCUCAUGCUUUGACUGUUUUUCAAUGGCAUAUUUAAUGUAUACUGGCCAUGUGACAUUCCUAACUUUAAAACAACUGUUAUGUUAUUUUAUAUUAUAUUGCUUUAUGUGGUUCAAAACUGUUUGAUGCAUUGAAAUAUAUUAUCCUUGUAUUGUGAGAUUCAUCAUGUGAUAUAAAUGAAAAUAAUUAUAUAAUUCCUUAUAAUCUCUUCUUGUGUAUUUCAAUAUGAUUGUGUCUAUGUCUGUAAAACAAAACUGAAAAAAAUGUAAUCAUUUAUUUCUGUUGAGGCUGCGAAUGUAUUACUUUUUUUCUUAACCUUUGUCUAGAAGUAGUGUCAUAUGCCAUUGUACAGCUGAUCUGGGGUGUUGAGUGUUUAGAGUACAAUCCAACCAUUGUUUGAAAGUCAACUUUCAGCUUUGCUUCAUGUGACUUCUUGAUAACUUCUUGAGUGUUGGUUGUAUCAUGAGGCUUGCUUUUGUGCUCAUUCAUUUUAAACAAAUUUAUAAGAGUCUCAUGUGGAAACCAAAGCAAUCUAGAACCAGCCUGUUGUGUGAUGUGUCUUCUGUAAAGCCAUAUUGAAGCAAAGACUAUGUAGUAGCAAAAGGUUCCACAUUUUCAGAGCUUUCACUACCUCUGCUUUUUCUCUUUCCCUAGAAAAUAACAAGCAAAAUUCUUCAACAUGAAGUGGGAAAUUAGAAGUGAUUGUUAUAAUAAGUUGCUGGGGAUUGGUUUUGUUUGUUUGCUUGUUUUUACAUGAAAAUACACCUUCUAAUUCACCACUUUGUAGGUUUAUGCUAGGUUUUCUCAAUAACCAGUUUUAUAUUUUAUAAAAACUGGCUGAAGAAUAAAAGCCAGAAAGAAUACUUAGUAAAUCACCAGAUGAAAAAACCAACAAAACCAUAGAGUGUAGAUUUUUUUCCUAAUGAUGAGUCACCUCAAGUUGUUCACUCAAAGCCAUGAUAAUAUUUCUCACUAUUUGAUUUCAACAACGCCCCUAGAAAUAGAUAUUUCCCUUAUUUGAUUUUAGCCAUCAAAUAUAUUACAGUAUGGGAAAAGCCAGCCAUAUAUCAGAAAUAGUCUUGUUUCAAUUUAAAAAUACAUUUCUACAUGUACUUAUUGUACUUUUUUUCUUUUUAGCCUUAAAGAAUUUUAGAGGACUGUAGAUGUCUGAUUUAUCUUGCAUUUCUAAUUCUGUAAAUCUUUGGUUAUUGCACAUUGUACUUUCCAUUUUUCCAUGGAUUUAUUCAUUGGCCUCCUUUUAUUUUGAGGGGACAACAUGGACCGUUAUAUUUUCGUCAGUAGUAUGGGAAAUCUGCUAACUGCUAUUGUUAUAACGUCCUCAUUUUUACUGCACGCCAAAACCAAUGCUUGCCAAACAAAAUCUUGGACAUCCCAGUAUAAUAUGGUCAUUAUAUUUCUGUUCAUGUUACUGACAAUACCCAGUUCGGUGCCUGGCUCAAUAAAUGUUUGUUUCCCUUGCCUA